AUCUCCUCCCUCGUCGUCCAUCUUCCGCCAUCGCAACCACCACAAUCCACCACCACAAUCCGCCGCAUCCACCAUGGCCGGAAUGAAAACCAUCAUCGGCCUGGCGUUCCUGCUGGCCUGCGGAACGCUGCUCGUCAUUCUGUCAUGCGCCCUCUACAGCAACUGGCUCCCGUUGCUGGUCGUGCUGACCUAUGCGCUGGCGCCUAUACCGAACAUGAUCUGCAAGCGCAUUGGCGGAGGCGAUUUCAUGACGGGGGAGAACAGAGGAGUUCUUGAAACCGGAUACUUCAUCACCAGCUUCUUGAUCGUUUCUGGAUUCGGCAUUCCGUUUGUGUUGGCCCAUGCCGGAAAAAUCACGGUCCCGGCCAUGAUCCUGUCAUUCUCGGGUGGAUUGAUAGUGUAUGCCACCAUUCUUGGAUACGUCCACUUCUUCGUGACCGUAGACGAGCCCUUCUAGGCCCGUGUGGCAUCGAUACAGCCGGCGCGCUGCAUGUUUUGGUCAUUCGACUGCACAUGCACCUCUUUCAGCGACAAGCGAAAAGCAUAUGUCCUGCAACUCCUCCAGGAUUGUUGUCUGUACGCAGCGAGAUGGGAUCAGACCUCUUAUCAAUCCGAUUUUGUAGCCAGAAUGUCCUCUGGGCUAAGUGCCUGGCCAAUAACAAACAUCGUGGUGGAUCAGACCAGCCCACUCACCCACCU